UUAUGUGUCAUAACUUAUAUAAUUAGUCAGAACCAAGAACCCUCUCUCUCUCUCUCUCUCUCUCUCUCUACUGAAAAAGAGAACCCUCUUACGCCAUGGACAACAUAAACCACCAUAAUAAGCUCAUAGACAACAGUUGGAAUCUUGACCUUGCUAUAGAAGAACCCAUCCACCAUCAACACCAAAUUUCCUUUGAUUCCUUUUGGCCAAACCACUCUCUUCAAACCCAUCAAUUCCAAUCCUCAUCAUCAUCCAACCAUAUUAUUCCCACUACAAAUAAUGUAUUUUCUGAUCCCGUUGGGAGCCAAAUGGAAGUAGAACUAGAAGAAGAAGAAGAAGAGCUCGGAGCCAUGAAGGAAAUGAUGUACAAGAUUGCAGCUAUGCAGCCAGUGGACAUUGAUCCAGCCACAAUCCGAAAGCCAAAAAGGCGAAACGUUCGGAUUAGUGAUGAUCCUCAGAGCGUGGCCGCGCGUCACAGAAGGGAAAGGAUAAGCGAGAAAAUUCGAAUCCUUCAAAGACUUGUCCCAGGUGGUACUAAAAUGGACACAGCUUCUAUGUUAGAUGAAGCAAUUCGCUAUGUCAAGUUCUUGAAGAAACAAAUCCGUUUGUUACAAUCAACUCAGAAUCCACAAUGCAUGGAAGCUCCUAUGGGAAACUUAGUCCAUGGAGUUUGGCCAUUUACACUCAAUAAACCUCAUGGCUCUACUUCCAUGGACCCUCAAGCCGGAACUACAGGAUUCACCUAUAUAAACAAAGGGAGCAACCAGCUGGGAGAAACCUAGCUGCUAGCUAGCUUGGCAUUAAGAGGUAAUUAGCUAGUGAUUAGUGGCUAAUGAUUGUGUUCUAAUUGUAAUAAGGAAGUGUGCAUAUGGUGAUGAAUUUUGUGUAAAAAAGAAAGUGAUAUAUAAUUUUAGGGUCAUGUGGAGAACAAAAGUUGUUAGGAUAUUGUUGACUAAAGGCUGUGGAAUAAUCAUAACAGUUAGCUAGACUUACGUACAACCAUUUAUAUAAUAUAGAAUAAGGCCUAUGGAGUGUGAAAGUUGGCCGGAAAGUUUGUUUGGCAGACUCUCUUCCGGGAAUAAAACAGUGACGUUAAAUACAAUUGAAUAUGAUUA